GGGCUCUCAUCGUCCUCCUCCGCAUCUUCCUCCUCCUCCUCCUCCUCCUCCUCCUGAUGACGCUGGCCGUCUUCUUCGGCUGCGCCUUCGUGGCCUUCGGGCCGGCGCUCGCCCUCUUCCUGCUCACCGUGGCCGGCGACCCGCUGCGCAUCAUCAUCCUCAUCGCCGGGGCCUUCUUCUGGCUGGUGUCGCUGCUGCUGUCGUCGCUGGUCUGGUUCGUGGCGGUGGCGGCGGGCGGCUCCCGGGACGAGGCGCUGCAGAGGGGGCUGCUGGUCUGCGGGGUGGGGGUCUCCGUCCUGCUGCAGGAGGCCUUCCGCGGCCUCUACUACAAGCUGCUCAGGAAGGCGAUCGAGGGGCUGGUGGCCCUCAGCGAGGACGGCUGCUGCCCCAUCUCCAUCCGGCAAAUGGCCUACGUCUCUGGCCUGGGCUUUGGACUCAUGAGCGGAGCGUUCUCCAUGAUCAACCUGCUGGCUGACUCUGUGGGGCCAGGCACCGUGGGCAUCUACGGAGACUCCCAGCUCUACUUCCUGACUUCAGCCUUCAUGACCCUGGUGAUGAUUUUCCUCCACACCUUCUGGGGAAUCGUCUUCUUCCAUGGCUGCGAGACCCGGCAGUGGUGGGAAGUCGGGGCUGUGGUGGUCACUCACCUCAUCGUCUCUGGCCUGACAUUUUGGAAUCCCCUUUACCUGGGCAGCCUCCUCCCGUCCUACCUGCUGAUGGCAGCGAUGGCCGUGUGGGCCUAUCUACUCUCAGGAGGCUCAAAGAAGAACCUGCACCACUUCCUGUUGUGCCUCCGGAGUGGGACCACGCCGCCACCGCCGCCACCAGGCUCCUGAGCCCGCUCCGUCCCCCCUCCUGUGGCAGGCUCUGGGAAGGGGAUGCAGUAGCUGUGCCUUCAAGAACAUUGCUCAGCCCUGCCAAGGGACCAGGACUGCGGAGAGUGGAAGGUGGGGGGGGGGCUAAGACUGGACUUGCACCCCCCCCCCAGGACUGCUCUCAGGGAACUUUGCAGUAGAAGCUGCUCAGCUACUGCCCUGGCCAGGGGGUGAACUGCAGCCCGGCAGCCUUCCUGUGCCUGAGGAGUGAAGGCCGCCCCUCCUGGGGGUCCAGGGCAGGGGCUGGCUUUGGAGAACCCCCGGGGGGGCAGAGAGCAGAACCAGGGAAGGGAAGAGCCUCCCUGCGGCCACUCCCAGCUCUGGGCAUCUUCAUCUCAAUAAAGAGAGUCUGGCGUCUUGUU